AUGUCAAUUUCCCCGCCAGUCGCCCCACCGUUACCGCCCCAAUUCGACGCCCCCUUAAUAACUUUGCAAGACUUCGAAAACAAGGACCUGUCCACAAACGGCUGCCUGUGGGCCUCACAAUUUCCAGAGCUCCAAUGGACCUGCAAUAUCCACAAAAUAUCACAGGACAGACCUCCAAUAAAAUGCACUUACAGGAAAUUUCAACCCCAGAAACAGGUAGGACCCACCUGCGGCCUUGUGGCCCUUUCGAUACUCUUGGGAAAUAAAGUCACGGCCGAAGAAUUAUUGACCCAGGCCAGGGGUAAAGGAUACAGUAUUAAUGGAGAGAUGUUCAGUGCUAAAUAUUUGCUGGAUUUGUUGGAAGAGAAUUUAGACAGGGGCGAAUUCGGGGAGGGUUGUAAAGUUUGGUUGCACGAAGGUUCUAUAGAGACUGUUGAUGUUAUGCAGUUUUUGCUGGAAGGAGGAGCUAUGCUCGUACCGUAUCCUUUUGAUAAAAAUAAGUCUUGUAAAACAGGUUUACGACGCCUGGUACAAUCACUCCCCCUGCCAGGCCAACGGCAACAAGGCCCACUGGGCCCUAGUCUGCGGCAUAGUGAUCCCCCAAGGGCAGAUGGCCAGGGUGCUCGCCUGGCAUGGAAAAUCGCAGAGGCUGGCCAUCUGGGAAUUGGCCGAUCUCAGUCUGAGCAAUUCCAACCUGAACGAGUUCAGCCCCAACAGGGAGAGGGACGGGAAGGAGUACAUUUUGCCUGA